AAUAUAAUUUCAAAUAGAUCGUGUGAAUCGAGUGAGAUGUUUAUAGUGUUAACUUUGAUGUAUGUACCAGGGUAGUAAGCUGAAGGAUGAAAUUAUACUACUCGACGAGUUCACGUAAUUUAAGCUCGUCAUAGCGAAAGCUCCGUCGAACAUCAGUUUAUUAAUAAUGAACAAAACUCACAUGGAUAAAAGACUGAAUCAAUUGCCAACUUGGCUGUGGACUAAUUCCACUACUUUACCACCAAUCUAUAAGAUGGUAUGGGAAGCGGUGAGAGAGGACAAACUCAGAACCAAUGGAAUGCAAACCGAGCUAUUGGUCGAUACAAACAAAGUCUUUCCUUUAUUGCUCACUAGUCAGCUUCCUACGGAAGUCCUUGGACACAUAUGGAAUUUGGCAAAUCAAAAGUAUGCUGGACAACUCACAGAGCAAGAACUAUAUAUUGUUCUUGCUCUUGUUGCUGCAGCACAGGCUUCUUACACGUUCAAUAGCCUAGAUAUAUUACAUCUACUUCCAUUUCCACCUACUCCUUAUUUGAACAUUGAAUGUUUAAUGAAUCUACAGCCUGUAACUCAGUUAAAUUCUGCAGCUAAGAUUCAAAACCUUCAAGAAAGUUCUGAAAUCGGGUUUAUUAGCUCUGAUGAAAGAUAUUCCUUGGAAGUUAAAGGAAAAAUGAAAUUGCAUCAACAAGGAGUCAUAUCUUCAGACUUAAAUGUGCAAAUGACAAACAAUGUACCUGGAAAAAUUUCAUGUUUUGAUAAUAAGUCUUAUGUCUCUUCUACUACCAUAUGGGAUUCAAAUAAUGUAUCAAAGGAUAUGAAGCAAACUUCCCGCCCUCAAUUAGAUUCUAAACAUCAACCAACAGCAGAUCUGUGUGAUGACUUUUCUGAAUUUCAAAGUGCUCCAAUUUCUAACAUUCCUAAUAUUCCAAUUUGGGAUACAAAACAGGGCUCAGCCAUUGGAAGUAGACUUGCAAAUCAUAAUUUAGGUAUUAAAAAACCAAUGGAGAAGUCAAAGAAGAAUAAUAUAAAUGCUAAAUCUGCUCAUGGCACUACUCAAACGCGUAUUACAUCUUUACCAUUAACUACAAUGUCUCAGAGUAAAGAUCAAUCAACAUUGGAUUGCUUAUCAGAAUUAUUUCCUAAGUGUGCAAUAAAAAAUCAAUCUAAAACAGUAAUUCUUAAGGAUACAGUGAUAAGAAAUAAUGAUCCGCCCAAGGACCAUAGUGAGAAUGUAAAAGAUUAUACAAGUACAGAAAUUAUAAAUUUACCUAAUGACAAAGAUGUGUUGAAUAAGUUAGAAUGGAUGGAUAAGGCUUCAUCAACAACAAUGGAAUCCACUCAACAGGAUCUUAUGAAUCUACAACUUGUUGAAGAUAAAUAUAGUGCCUUGCGUGCAUUGGUUCAAGAAACAACUGUGUCAACUGAACCAGAGGCAAACGCAAGUUACAGCAAUCAAUCAACUGAUGAAUUUGGAGAAUUUGUGUCUGCAGAACAACCUGCUAGUAAUACUCCUGCCACAAAUGCUUUAGAUACUGACAGUUUUGCCGAUAUUUUUACAGAUUUUGAGUUUAGAUCUACUAACAAUAAUAAUGCAAACGCAGCAGAUUUUAAUCUUAUGCCAGAUAUUUCUGAAUCAUUUGACAAUCUUAAGCUUGAGGAUAAUGUAGAAGAACGCUCCUUAGAGAUAGGGAAAGCUCUUCAGAAGGAAGAUGCCAUAUCAAUUAAUAGUAUAGAAUUCAUGAACGGUGCAUCAAAUGCAUUAACUCGAUCAGGAUCUGUGCCUAGUUUAGAUCUUAAGUCUUUCUUACCGUCAAAUACUGAAGAUGAGCAAAUAGUAGAUACUACACAUCAGUCAGAAUAUUGGGAAUGGAAGCAAUACAUGGAGAGCUGUGUGUUAUUAUUACAAGUAGCUGCAAAUAUAUUUACAAAUAUUAGUUCAGAACUUGUAUUACAUGAAGUUUUAAAUUCAGUACAAGGAUACAACUUUCUAUGCAAUUUAGCCGAAGUCGCAGCUGUUUGUAGACGGGUUAAUUUUUCAUAUAAGGAAAUGGAUAUCAAUAUAAUAGGUUUUGAUGAGCUAUUAAUGGAUAUUGAUCGAAUUUGGGCAGAAAUGGAACCAUUUUAUGCAAACAUACCAAUUGUUACGGAAUUACCAGCUUGGCCUUUACAUCAAGGUGAAGCCAUUUGUUGUUCACUUUGUUUAACAGUUAUUACUAGUGGCAGGGUAGUUUAUAAUGAAAAUAAUUAUCACGUUACUUGUGCUAAUCUAUGGCUUAAUUGUGUAAACAAUAAUUUGCCCGUGAUGCGGCAUCCAGUCUGUUCUCAUUCGAAUAUGUGUCCAGGUAACAAUCAUAUUUGAUAUUGAUCUGCAUUAG